GCUCGGGGCACGCAGGAGGCGGGGCUUGCCGGACAAGAUGGAGUUGCUGCAGGUCUUGAAGCGCGGGCUGCAGCAGGUCAGCGGCCACGGCGGCCUCCGGGGCUACCUCCGAGUUUUUUUCAGGGCAAAUGAUGUGAGGGUUGGUACCUUAGUGGGGGAAGACAAAUACGGAAACAAAUACUAUGAAGACAACAAGCAGUUUUUUGGCCGUCACCGAUGGGUUAUAUACACCACUGAAAUGAAUGGCAAAAACACGUUCUGGGAAGUGGAUGGAAGCAUGGUGCCUCCUGAAUGGCAUCGUUGGCUUCACUGUAUGACGGAUGAUCCUCCAACAACAAAACCACCCACGGCUCGGAAGUUCAUUUGGACAAACCAUAAAUUCAACGUGAGUGGCACGCCAGAACAAUACGUGCCUUAUUCUACCACCAGAAAGAAGAUUCAGGAGUGGGUCCCACCUUCAACACCUUACAAGUAAAGACCAUGAAAACCUGUUUCAUUAUGUAAAAUAUGAGGCUUUUCAUGUAAUUGCACUUUUACUGUCUCCCACAAAUGAUUAAAAUCAUUUGAACAAUU